AUGGAUCAAAAACGUCUGAGCACCUCGACGACGACCAAUAGGUCCAGCGCUCUUCCGAGGCCAGUUUCGCGACUACCACAACCGAGAGCUUCAGGCAUUCCAACGCCCGCGUCUUCCAUCCGAACAGCUCCGUCUGCAGAGGGCCUCCGAGGCCGCUUCGCCCACCCAAGAAGUUCGGUCGAAACAAAAGCUUCAGAACCUGCCAACGGAUCCCGGCUCCGGACUCCCGCCUCGAGAGAACAGCUCAGGGCUACCAGCACCGGUCCUUCAACGCCGUCGCGGAGACCCCAGAGACUAGCAGGUCCGCCGGUGAGCUCGCAAGUCGCCCUCAGAGGCACCAAAACCAGGAGUAUAUCUCAAGAACCUAGGGUUGAACGCGCCACGCAGGCAGCUUAUGAUGGACAUUUCAAACAAUCUCCUGUUGUGGGCAGGCGGCCGUCAGGCCAAUCCGAGUCGAGCACUUUUCUGAAUGGGUCUGCUAUCGACGAGGAUGGCCCGCACGAAUUCUCGCCGUCACGCCCAACCCAUGAAGAUGUUAGCUCUGAUGCGCUAGGAAUCCACUCAGAGAACAGCAAACCAGGAAUGUCUCUUGCUGAGAGGACCAUGGAGACGCUCUCACAGCUGACGUCUCCGGCAGCGAAGCGCCGGGGAUCGAACUUUUUUGAUCCUGAACUGGCAUCCCGGCGGCCGUCUUCCCGUGCUGCGAGUGGAAGCUCACGACCUGGUUCCAGCCAUCAACAUGAUAGCUCAAGCGUUAGAUCUCUCAGUCGUCCGAGUUCUCGAUUGGGGCCACCAGAAAGCGUAUACAGCAGUCUCAGAGCCCCCUCGAGCACACACAAGCCGCUGCCAACUAGUGCACAAGAAGCGCAAUUUGGGGCAGCUUCUGGGCUCGUGAAGCCACUUUCUUUUCGUGGAGCUGCGGGCGCGAAAAGGGCUUCAUCGAAUCCACCAUUAUCUGCCAUUGGAAGACGGACACCUAGUCCGGAAGACUUGGAUGAUAUAAUGUCCAAACCCGAGACUCUCACUCCAGUAUCUCGCUCACUAAGGCCGAAAUCUGCAAUCCCGGGAUUAUCCAAAAAGUCUUCAUCUACAAGCCUUGGCCAGUCGUCAAGUAAACCCUCAGUAAGCCCGGCGCGGCGACCCCGCAAAGGAUCAGCAACAUCAACACAAUCUUUAGCUACCAUGAAUACUGCCUCAUCGUUUAAGGAACGCAACCUUUCUAGCGCGUCAACCAUUUCUACGGCUCUUACGGUUGAUUCGGUUGAAGAAAGUCCAUCGGCAACUACUGGCCCAAAAUCAUCAUCAGCAUUGCGAGAGCAGAUUGCAAAGGCCAAGGCUGCUAGGCGCGCUGCUGCAAAUCAACAGGCUCCCGUGACUACAGGAGCUGCGCCGCUCAAAUCUCCCCUGAUACCUACUGAUGCUACGUUUGACUUUGGCCUCGCGGAAGAUCCUUUCAAUCAGAGGCAAUUUGAAGACUCGAAUCGAAAGGUGAUGCAGUCGCGGAUUGCAACGGCACGAACUACUGGUAGAUUGAACAUUGCCGCGAUGGGGUUGAAGCAAAUGCCAGAUGAGGUUGUGAAGAUGUACGAUCUCGAGUCUGUUGGCCACGGGGCUAGCUGGGCUGAAAGUGUCGAUCUUACAAGGUUGAUCGCCGCUGACAAUGAGUUUGAGGUUCUCGACGACUCCGUUUUUCCUGAUACCGAUCCCAUGGAUUUUGCGGACGCCGAUGAGGGCAAUGGUCACCAAUUUGGUGGACUCGAGGCUCUCGACUUACAUGGCAACUUACUGAUGGCAUUGCCGUUGGGAUUGAGGCGUCUUCAAAACCUCACCUCCCUGAACCUUGCUCAAAACAAGCUGGCCAAUGACUCUUUCGAGAUCUUAUCACAAAUUGGCUCGUUGCGAGAUCUCAAGCUCGGCGGCAAUCUCCUGAAGGGCAAGAUGAACUCGUCUUUUGCUUCUUUAGUCAAUUUGGAAGCCUUGGAUCUGAAAGGAAAUGAGAUUGACGCAUUGCCGGACGGCUUCGAGCGGCUGACACGGCUUCGUGUGCUGAACCUCAACGAGAAUUCAUUCGAGUCUCUGCCUUUUGAUGCACUUGCGCAACUGCCACUUACUGAGCUCUAUGUACAAAAGAACAAACUGAAGGGCACAUUGGUCGAUGUAGAGGUCGAGGCGCUCCCGCAUCUGCAGACGCUUGAUGUCUCGAAUAAUCAACUGAGUUUGAUCGCGCUAGGCCCAAUAUCCAUGCCUUCUCUUCUUCAGCUCACAGUCUCGAUGAAUCGUCUCAACUCUCUGCCAGAUCUCAGCACUUGGAAGAGUCUCAUGACAAUCAACGCUGCUGAGAACAGCAUAAGUGCGUUCCCAGAUGGGUUUCUUUCGUCCGAGAGCAUUAAAUCAGCAGAUUUCACAAGUAACGACAUUCGCGUCAUACCCCCAGAAAUUGCGCGCAUGGACUCGCUUGCAUUGCUUCGCAUGGCUGGCAAUCCGUUAAGGGACAAAAAGUUCAUUUCCAUGACAACAGAAGAGUUGAAAGACAGCUUAGCAACGAGGCUAACGCCAUUGCCCGAAGAGCAAGCUGGUGUCGAGCAGCCUAGCAACGAAGUUGUUGAGUCAGCCGACCAUGAGUCUUACUUUUAUCAGCCAGGCAAGGCUCAGGGCCUUAGAGAUGACCAAGAUGACAACGAAAGCCGCUCAGAUACGGACAACUUUGCGACGCCCCCAACGUCGGCGCCCCAAUCUCCUAUCGGAGCAAGGUCGAGACCUCUGAGCAGCCUGACAUGGCCGAUCAAACCCGGUGGCGUUCUCGACCGUGCCAAUACGAACUCAUCGUCGCUUAAUCCCGUCAUCUGCUCAAAGCUUGUUGGUGGUGACGCUGUUCGUGAAAUUCGUUUACAGCACAAUACUUUUCCCAGCUUUCCGGACUCGCUAUCCUUCUUUGCCGACACUCUUACCUCUAUCAACAUAUCUCACAAUCGAUUGGAUGGCGAAGCAUUCAUGGGUGAGGGGUUCGAGUUUCCUGCCCUGAGGGAACUUCAUAUCGCACAUAAUCAGAUCGCAAGCCUGGCUCCAUUGAUCACUCACCUUCAGGCCCCCAACCUUCAGAAGCUCGAUAUCUCUUUCAAUCGUGUUGCUACGCUACCCGUCCUGCGCGAGUCAUUUCCAAGGCUCGACGUACUCCUCGUCUCCAACAAUCGACUUGAAGAACUCGAUCCAACCUCGGUCGCGGGACUCAGGGUUGUGGCGGCUGACAAUAACGAGAUCGCACACCUCAACCCGCGUCUUGGUCUGCUGAACUUGCAACGUUUAGAAGUCACUGGUAAUCGCUUUCGAGUCCCGAGAUGGGAUGUUCUCGAGCGUGGCACUGAAGCCACCCUUCGUUGGUUGAGGGGUCGAGUGCCCGUUGCAGAAGUGGAUGAAUGGAAGCAAAAGGUUGGCAUCAAGGAUGAGGACGAUGACUUUGAAUAG